GGCGCGCACGGAGGCUGGGCGGUCACCCCCUCCCACGGUCGACGGAUAAGAGCUCCCCCCGCAGAGAAGAUGAUAGAGGAAAGUGGAAAAAGGAGGAGAACAAUGGCAGAGAAGAGACAGCUGUUCAUGGAAAUGAGGGCCCAGAAUUUUGAUGUCAUCCGACUUUCAACGUAUAGGACUGCCUGUAAACUGAGAUUUGUGCAAAAAAGAUGUAAUCUUCAUCUUGUGGAUAUUUGGAACAUGAUUGAAGCCUUCCGAGACAAUGGCCUUAAUACCUUGGAUCACAACACAGAGAUCAAUGUGUCUCGACUGGAAACCAUAAUUUCAUCCAUCUACUACCAGCUGAAUAAACGCCUUCCUUCUACUCACCAGAUCAGUGUGGAGCAAUCCAUCAGCCUUCUCCUUAACUUCAUGAUAGCAGCGUAUGACAGUGAGGGCCACGGGAAGUUGACGGUGUUUUCCAUAAAAGCCAUGUUGGCAACCAUGUGUGGUGGGAAAAUUCUGGACAAGUUAAGAUAUAUUUUCUCUCAAAUGUCUGAUUCCAAUGGCUUGAUGAUAUUUUCAAAGUUUGACCAGUUUCUGCGAGAGGUUCUGAAACUUCCAACAGCAGUUUUUGAAGGACCUUCCUUUGGCUACACAGAAAACUCUGUGCGGUCGUGUUUCCCUCAGCAGAAGAAGGUCAUGCUAAAUAUGUUCUUAGACACAUUAAUGGCUGACCCACCACCACAGUGCCUUGUAUGGCUACCUCUUAUGCACAGACUAGCCCACGUAGAAAAUGUCUUCCAUCCAGUGGAAUGCUCUUACUGCCGGUGUGAGAGCAUGAUGGGCUUCCGGUACCGAUGCCAGCAGUGCCACAACUACCAGCUCUGUCAAAAUUGUUUUUGGCGAGGCCACGCAAAUGGCCCUCACAGCAACCAGCAUCAGAUGAAGGAGCAUUCCUCUUGGAAAUCGCCUGCCAAGAAGCUGAGCCAUGCCAUUAGUAAAUCUCUUGGUUGUGUACCCACUAGAGAGCCUCCUCACCCUGUAUAUCCGGAACAGCCAGAGAAGCCCCUUGACCUUGCCCAUAUAGUCCCUCCUCGGCUCCUUGCUAACAUGAACGAUGCCAUGGUUACCCACAUGUCUUCUGGAGCCCCCACGCCAACAAAAAGGUCGCAGUGCAGCUUGGCCCUCCCCGGUCGGCUCAGUGACGAGCACGCCCUGAUAGCAGCCUAUGUGAGCCGGCUACAGAGCGGUGGUACACGCGUCCUCGAUAGCCCCAGCAGACUGGAUGAGGAGCACAGGCUAAUCGCCCGGUAUGCUGCCAGGUUGGCUGCUGAAGCUGGAAAUGUGCCACGUCCACCAACAGACCUCGGGUUCAACUUCGAUGCGAACAAACAGCAAAGGCAGCUGAUAGCAGAACUGGAAAACAAGAACAGAGAAAUACUGCAAGAAAUCCAGCGUCUCCGACUGGAGCAUGAGCAGGCCUCCCAGCCCACACCGGAAAAAGCCCAGCAGAAUCCAACAUUGCUGGCAGAACUCCGACUAUUGCGGCAAAGGAAGGAUGAACUGGAACAGCGGAUGUCUGCUCUGCAGGAAAGCCGGAGGGAGCUGAUGGUGCAACUAGAAGGGCUCAUGAAACUACUCAAGGAGGAGGAGCAAAAGCAGGCAGCCCAGGCAGCAAGUUCUCCACACACCUCCCCUACCCAUGGAGCUGGCCGGUCAAUGCCCAUGCCAGUCAGGUCAACAUCUGCGGGCUCCACCCCAACUCACGUACCCCAAGAUUCGCUUGCCGGUGUCGGUGGAGAUGUUCAGGAAGCAUUUGCACAAGGAACCCGACGAAACCUUCGUAACGAUUUGCUGGUAGCAGCUGAUUCAAUUACCAACACAAUGUCAUCUUUGGUGAAGGAGCUCCAUUCAGGUGAGGAAGGAGGGGAAGAGGAGGAUGACAAGAUGCAGAACGGAAAGGACAGAGGUUAACCAGAAGGACCCAGUAUGGCUACUGAUUCAAAUACCUCUAUUUGACUCAGUUCUUCACAUAUCCUCCCUGAAAAAUUUGCCUCAGGGACACAUAUCUGCCC